UUUGUUCCUGUUUCUGAAGAUGUCCGUGCGAGUGAAUGCGGAUAAUGCCUUAGUGGACCCAAAAAAAGAGCUACCCAGUGCAUAUACAAAUGGCAGUGAAAUGUGUGAAAAGUCAAUGUUGCGCAUAAAAAGUUAAUUGUCAGAAAGCGGAAGCCACUCAAACCUUAAAUGUUGUAUGUUAAAUAUCAAAAACACCCCAACACUCAGAUGGAUAACCAAAGCUAUUACGUCGCCUUUAUGCCGGAUAUACCAGCUAGAAAGUGAUUAUGUGUGUCAGUUUGAGAAAAAAUAUUUAUUUGCCCUGAAAUGUAAAGGUGUAAAACGCUAGUUUGGAGAAUAAAGAGAAAACGUCGACCCAAAACAAAUAAAGACGACAGUUAGUAAUAAGCAACUAAAUAACAUUUGGAUACAGUGACCAAAACUAAAUAUACAAUAAGUGAUGCUAAUUGAAUAAUAAUGGAAUUACGGUGGAGUUCAGGGAAUAAAAUAUUAUUUAACACAGUACAAGAGAUACCUUUCGCAGGAGCAAGGACGUAAAAUGAAAAGACAGUCUACAACGGUAUUGUUUCCGUACAUAAUCAAGAAAGGAAGAGAGAAGAAUGAGGCAUUUAUUGAAUUUCUACGAUUUGCGACUUAUGUCUUUAAUAACAUUUUUGACGAUCAUUGCUGCGCAAAAUCAAAUAUUACCAACUUUGGCUUGGCCAUUGAUAAAUACUAGAGUUAACAUCGAUUUCAACUCCACAGCUAUGGAAAAAAUCGGCUCAAAAUUAUCUUUAUCAUCAGCGUCUAUAGGAGUAGUUACUACUGCAACAACGCCAACAACAUUCACCGCAUCAUCGCUUUACAGCAUUUCACAGAAGAUACCCAUUACUAGGAGUGUAAUAUCAAACGGCGUGAUAGAUGAAGGCAAAGCUAGCACAAGUGCGAUGGGCAGUACGAACUCUAAUUUCUCGAUUUCGUCGUCAACAACAAAAUUGAAUUCAUUUACAAGCACCAGCAAACUACCGUUCGAUUAUACACUGAACAAGAAAUGGACCAGCUCGGACGCUGUUAGCUUUCGCGCUUCAUCUCCGAUGGUGCCAGAAACGUCGAUGGCGGCUACACCGCCGGAUAGAUCGCGAACCUUUCGCAACAAACAUCAUCACGAACAUCAUUGGGGUCCAUUUUUUGAAGAACCCCUCAACUCAACAGCGUCAGGAGAAAAUGUCGUCUCUACUGCGCAUUUAUAUACGGAAGCUGUACUUAAUUGCAGAGUGGGGAUGCUAAAAGAUAAAACAGUAAUGUGGGUCAGACGAACAACAGAAAAGGUCUCCUUACUAACUGUUGGCAAUAUAACAUAUAGCGGAGAUCCAAGAAUUCGCGUCAAGUUUCAGUAUCCAAACAAUUGGCGGCUGCUCAUUAAUCCUACACAAAGAGAGGAUGCCGGCGUUUAUAUGUGUCAAGUGUCCACGCAUCCACCGCGAGUCUUCACAACAAAUCUAACCAUAUUAGAACCUCCAUUACGUUUAAUAGAUGAACAGGAACGAGAAGUAAGUGACCGGUAUUACAAAGCCGGGAGCACCAUCGACCUUUACUGCCAAGUAUCGCGAAGUUUUCUAAUCAAGGAGAAUAUAAAAAUUGCAAAAUCUUUACAACCAUUCGAGCAAAAUCAAACAAAAGGAACCCCCAAUAAAAGUCAAAUAGGAGCCAAUCGCUUGGGUUCCGGAUACAAUGAGUUAGUAUCGACGAGCAAUCACAGUAAUGCCAAGAUUUCCGGCCUCGCUUUGGAAAAACAGUUUAGCAACAUGAUUUUUUGGACAAAAGAUGAUGAAAUAUUACCAUUUACCGCCAUCAAACGAUCAAGCACCUCGGAAAAAUGGCUUAUUAGUCGAGUUUCCAUACCAGAUGCCAAGCUUAUUGAUAGUGGAAACUAUUCAUGUUCUAUUGGUAAGGUCUUCACUGCAAUAGUUCAGGUUCAAGUGCUGACAGGGGAAUUGCCAGCUGCCGUACAGCAUAACGCCGCUCCGAAAUUACUGCGCUCAGUGACCGCCCUUUCAAAUUGGCUAUGCUGUAUAUUAUUAUUGUUGCCUUCAAUGUUACUUCGCGAAACAUAUCGCCUUCCUCUUGAAAUGGCUUAAAAAGCACAUAUUAACUUGCACUCACGUAUACACAUACAUAUGUACAUAUGUAGAUAUGCAGAUAUAUAGGUUAAAUUGUUUCAGGAUGCGUUAAAAUUUAUUAUAAUACAACUUAGAUACGAUUUUUAAUAUCUUUCGACUUGCGAUAACUUUAUACAUACAUAUUUGUUGUUAAGUAAAUACAAUUUGUUAAUGUGUACAUGGAUAUGAUUAAACGAUUAAAUAUAAUUCUUAACUGAAUCAAAAUGAUGGAAAUGUAAAUGGCUGUAAGCUCCUUUUGAAUGCAACCAAUCUAAGGCCAAAAUAAAUAUAAUAAGCCUUCGUCUGCACAUACUCACGGUAAUUGUACAUAUAUAUUUGUUCAUAUGAAAGGGCAUUUACGCAGAGUAAUUUAGUAAUAUUUUGAAAUUUAUUUAGUAAUCUAAGCUACAUACAUGCAUAUAUGAAUUGUACGCAUACAAAUGUAUCUAUUUACAUAUAAGAAGUAAUCUUUAUGGUAAGAGAUUGUACAAUAUUAUAAUAAAACCGUCGCACAGUAAUUCGCAUCCAUAAAUUAUACUUUGAAGUCAAAAAGGUUUAACCACUUUGAAGUGCAAUAUAUUGAUGAAAUAUGCUUCAAUUUAUUGCAUUUCUCUCGGUUUUUUGUGGGACGAAUUACUCUUCGUCGAAAAAAUGGCAAAUGAAUAAAAACUAACUAUAACAAUGA